AUGAUGCAGAAUAACACAAAUUUGACUACUAAUGAUAGCGCUUCAUUUGAUGACUUCACAUGGUCUUUUAGAACGAUUACCAUUCUUAUUGUAUGCAGUCUAAUUACAAUUUUGACUAUAUUAGGCAAUGGUUUAGUUUUGAUUUCAAUCAAAUUUCGUCUUCGAGCUCCAUCAUAUUCUGAUUAUUUUAUUGUUAGUUUAUGUCUAGCAGAUUUUUUCGUUGGCUUAUUUGUAAUGCCAUUGAUGACAAUACAUUCAUUAUAUUUACGUUGGCCAUUUCAUUAUCGUCUUUGUUAUGUGUGGAUGUCCAUUGAUUUUACUUGUUCAACAGCAUCAUUCCUUACACUUGCGUCUAUGGCUCUAGAUCGAUAUUGGGCAUUAACAGCGCCUUAUUUUCAUUUGCGUAAUCGUUCCUAUUCAUCCGUAUUAAUAUUUAUAAUUAGCUCGUGGGCUAUCCCGUUUGCUAUAUGGCCAGGAUCAAUAUUUAUUUCUCACCAUUAUAGUACAAUAGAUCCGUCAUGUGUUCAUCCAGCACAUCCAGUUAUUAUUGUUGGAUUAUGCACAUUUUUUUAUUAUAUCCCACUUCUAUUUAUGCUUGUUUGCUAUUCAAGAAUAAUAGUCAAUAUUAAAAAUAUUGAAGUAUUAAUUAAAGAUACUUUUGGUUCCAUAAAAUCAAAUUCAUCUAACGGUGGUUUUGACUCGUCCAGCAGAACGAAAAUAGAACAAAUUGAUGGUUACACUCGUAACGACCUAAUUAGUCUUACAAGAGCAACGACCACAUCUUCACUUUCAUCAAUCCGGUCUCUUUUCUAUAAAUAUAUUCAACGCAAUAGAUUGACAAAUUCAAUUAAAAUAUCCGCUAAUGAAAAACAGUUUAUAAUGAACCGAAAAAAUUCAAAUGAAUAUGGUCACUCUAUCAAUUCAAAACGACGAUCAACAGUAGUCGGACAAGGAGAAGUACAGAAUCUUUUACUACCAAAAUCAUCACUAAGUCCUCAACAUCGUUUAUGUCAACCACCAAGAGCAAUAUUCAAAAGGAAAAAGCGUUCUUUCAACGAUACACUUGAAGACAAAAGAUUUAAAGAUGAUUCCAUCGCCAAGCAAGAUAAUGAACAACAACAAUUAGUUUGUACUGGUAUUAAAACACACAGAUUAUCAUUGCCAGCUAUCCGAUAUGAUUCAUGUCAUUAUUAUCGAAAUUCUCUGCCUGCCAAUACAAUUAAAACAAAAGUGACUAUUGAAGAUCAACCUCGAGAUAUCGCAAAUGAUCAUCAAAAUUCAGUAACAUCUGACCGUAGCCAAUCACAAUCACCUACACUAGUUGAAUGUAAUGGUAACGGUAAUGUUAAAACAGUGCCUUUAUCAAAACCUAUUUCAUCCGUUGAUAAUAAUAAUAGUAAUAAUAAUAAAGAUGACGAAAAUCGUCGAGUAAAUCAUCGUAAUCAACCGAUACGUUUAUCGAAUCCGUGUAAUUCAAGUCGUUAUAGCCAACAUGCCGUAGCUCAAUUCAUGCAUGAAAGACGUAAAGCAUGUUUAAGACGAAAUCAAAAAGCCAGUCGAAUGCUCGGCAUUUUGCUUGCCGUCUUUCUUAUUUGUUGGCUUCCUUUUACAAUAUUUUAUCCAACAUCGAUAUUUUAUCCAAAUAAACUGUCCAAUGAACUUGAAAGUAUCACAUUUUGGUUUGGUUAUGCCAAUUCAUUGUUGAAUCCUUUUCUCUACGUGUACAGUUCUCGAAAUUUUCGCCAAGCUAUUAUUGAAACAUUAUGUUGUCAUGUUCGAUUACGAGCACGGCAACGACAACGAUUACAUUAUCAAUGUCGAUCAGCACCAAUUAUUAUAGAUAAUAAAUUUUUAAUUUUCAAUUCAAAACCAACCGAACAGAAUAAUUCGUCAGUAAAGAAAUUUUCAUCGUUAUUAAAUGUGAAAUCAACUGGAGCAUUUCAUGAUCAUACAAAUGCAAAAAAUAAUCAACAAGAGUUGGAUGCUAUGAAUAAAAUAGUCGAUCAAACUGAUCAUGAUCUUCGACGUGCACUUAAAUAUGCAAAUUUAAGACAUGAACAACUUGACGAAUUAGAAUUUCGAUCAGAAGAAAUGCUUAGCAAGAAUGAAAAUCUUGUAUUUGUUAAACAAAACAAACAGCAAUACCAAAAUCACAAUCAUACCGUCGAAAAAAAAGUUGAUGGUGCUCUUAUUAUGAUUAAAUCGAAAUUUCCUGGCAUUACAAACUAUCGAAAAACUCAAGAACGUGAUCUUCUAUGGCGACGAUUACGAUAUAUUGCAUUAGGAGCAAUAACAAUAGGAAUUAUUAUACUGUUAAUUAUUUUAAGUAUGACUACUAGACGACCGGCACCGUCGUCACAAGUAAUAAAUGUACGACAUUUCAAUGAUGGCAUCUCCAAUAAAAAUAGCAAUAAAGACGUCACUUCAACGAUGAAAUUAAUAACAUCUUAUCGACGACGAAAAAAAUAG